UACCCUCGUUAUUGCGCAUGCGGAUUCUGCACUUCCUGCCAAAUAGUUGUCCCUAACAACCCAAGCGCUUUACUAUAGUGUAAAAUUUCAGCCCGGAGGAUAUUUAGCGUAGCUUAGCUUAGCUAACUUCUCGACUUGAGCCACUAGUAUGGUGGGCCUGCAUAGGUCCAGGAGCAGCAGCAGAGUGUGAUCUAGCAGACGCGUCAGGACACAAAGUGCCGUCCUCACGCACGCACCAUCAUGGAGGAGCCACAGGAGGCACCGGAGCUCCCGGCAAAGAAAGCCAGGCACGACCCAGAAGCCAGUAAGGAAGAAGACACAAGAGCCGAAGCUGCUCAUGACAACAGACCAGAUGUUUUAGGCGCCGAAGUCACCACUUAUGCUCCAUCAUCAGCUUCUCACCUAGAUAGUGUUCCAGAGGAUCAAGAACGUUCAAAUCCACACAUAUCAGGCUGUGACUCAGACCGCUCGUAUACUAAAGUGGAGACAUGUAAAGAACUCACAGAUACUGAAUUUACCUCACAGAUCUACCAAGGAAACAACCCUGCAGUUACUGAAUACGACAGCCAGGUGGCGUUUUCUUCUCUGGGUCAGUCAGCAGCAUACAGCACCUUUAGCCAGACGGGUCAAACCUACGGCCUGCCUCCAUUUGGUGCCAUGUGGCCGGGCAUUAAGAGCGAGCCCAGGCUGCAGGACGUGUCCGCCGCUGGCCAGAUGCCGUUUCUCAGCUUCAGCACAGCUUAUACUCCAACUCAGCCGUGCCAGACCCACUACUCAUAUCCCAGCCAAGGUUCCUGCUUCACUACGUCCAGCGUGUACUCCAACAUCCCCACAGCCCCCGCCGUCACCACAGCCGCCGCCACACAUCAAGAUUUCUCCAGCUAUAACUCACUGGGACAGAACCAGUUCUCCCAGUAUUACGUCCCUCCCAACAGUUACCUCCCACCCGCUCCCCCAAGCAGCGACGCAGACGGAGACGACGUCUCGGUGCCACCUUACACGCCCGUGAAGACUGAGACUAGUGCCUCCACAGGGCUGUCCAGCUCCACAGCUGCGUCUCCGGCCGGCGUGACCGCCCCCACAGGCGUGGCUCAGGACGAGGCAGCCCGCAGAAACGCUCCGCCUAAAGCCAAAGGCAAAGGAAAGAAAUCAGACAGCGGCCAGUCUACAGACAACGACCUGGAGCGAAUCUUCUUAUGGGACCUGGAUGAAACCAUCAUCAUUUUUCACUCGCUUCUCACUGGGUCAUUUGCACAGAAGUUCGGCAAGGAUCCUGCCACGGUGCUCAAUCUGGGUCUGCAGAUGGAGGAACUGAUCUUUGAGCUCGCAGACACACAUCUGUUCUUCAAUGAUCUGGAGGAGUGUGAUCAAGUCCACGUGGAAGACGUUUCCUCCGAUGACAACGGACAAGAUCUGAGCAAUUAUAACUUUGCGAACGACGGGUUCAAUGGAACGAGUGGGGCAGGAGGGCAAAGCUCGAAUCCAGCAGUACAAGGCGGAGUGGACUGGAUGCGCAAGCUGGCCUUUCGUUACCGGCGCCUUAAAGAGAUCUACAACGGCUACAAAGGGAAUGUGGGAGCUCUGCUGAGUCCCCUGAAGAGGGAGCUGCUGCUGCGUGUGCGCAGUGACAUCGAGGCUGUGACGGACAGCUGGCUCAGCACCGCCAUCAAAUCCCUCCUACUGAUCCAGUCCAGGGGCAAAUGUAUGAAUGUUCUGGUCACCACAACUCAGCUGGUUCCUGCCCUGGCUAAAGUGCUCCUGUACGGCCUCGGGGACAUUUUCCCCAUCGACAACAUCUACAGCGCCACCAAGAUCGGAAAGGAAAGCUGCUUCGAGCGCAUCGUGUCACGUUUCGGAAAGAAAGUGACCUACGUGGUUAUAGGAGACGGCCGAGAGGAGGAGUUCGCAGCUAAACAGCACAACAUGCCGUUCUGGCGGAUCUCUGCUCACGGUGACCUGGUGGCUCUACACCAAGCUCUGGAGCUGGACUUCUUAUAGAUCACAUACCCAGGCUCUCUCUCUCUCUCUCUCUCUCUCUCUCUCUCUCUCUCUCUUUUUUCUCUCUCACACACACACCCACCAUGUUAAGGACACCUGACGAAGCUGGGAGAACAGAAGAAGAGUUUGAGCCUGCAUGGAACCCUUCCACUACCUUUAAGGCAGCUAAAACCCAGGGCAUGAUCCUGGCACUGCGGUAGUAUCUUCACAUAUACACGAGGACGGUGAGGAGGAAUCUCCUGAACCUGACCGUCGUACUGCCGGCCCAAAAGCACUGCGUGUUUCUAACCAUUUCUGUUCAAACUGGAUUCACCAAAGGAAGACCAAAACUCUGCACUGGCAUAAGAUUUUGGAUUUUUUUUUAUUAUUUUUUUUAUUUUUAUUUGUACUGAAGGUGGACGUUUUUCUGUUUUGCACUUCUAGAGGACCGGACUGACGGCAGAGCCUGCACGUGGCAACGGAACAGCGGAUUUGUUUCUCUGACUUUUUUUUAUUUUAUAUAUAUAUAUAUGUGUGUGUGUGUGUAUAUAUAUACAUCCUAUUCAAAGUGCAUUAGCGAUGCGACACGUGUCCAUUUUUCAAGUAAGACGUCUCUGCAAGUCGACUUCGAUUCAAACACACGAUUUAUACAUUUCUGUUCUCAGAGCAGGUAUUUCAUCUCUCUCUGUCCCUUAGUCCUCCCUGACGGGGAGAAGAAAGAAACCGUUCACCUCACUGUAACGAGAACGCAUCAUAUAUCCGUCGACGACAAUCUUCUCUUUCGUUUUUUUUUUAUUUUCUCUCAUUAUCCGUGUUCACGCGGAACUUGAGUGCGUUUGCCUUUUCCCCGCGUCGUGUGGAAUCAGAUCUUCAGUCUCAAACCCUGCCGAUUAGACGCAGACCAGAAACCGAUUUUAGCUUUCAGUGUUUUUUUUUAAUGGCAGGCCGUUAAAGGAAAACUGCAGCGCUUUAUCCAUCUCAUCAUCAAUAAAACCCUCAGUACUCCGUCAUUAAAGCCUGACGGUGCUUUUUGGGCCACUGAUGAUCAGUUGUGAAUAUAGUAAUGCAAAUUCAAGUUAGGUCUGCGAUGGAGAUGGCGUAGAAGUAGAUUUGUGUAGUUUGUGUGAUUACAGCCAUGUAGAAAGUGAGGCAGAAAUGAACUCUUACUGUCCUGAUAAGUGUUUUCUAAUAACAACAAUUCUGUCAGUUAAAUACCGUUUUAUUUAUUACGACGCACCCCAGCGUACUGUUUUUAUCCGAUUCUAGUUACGUGCACAAGUCGGUUCCUGUUACCACUGGUGUUCUAGCAGCAGACGUUUCCUCUCAUUUACUUAUUUUAUUUUUUAUCUUAUUUUUUUUCCAUUUCCUGGAUCUGAAGACGAACUCGGACAAAUUAUGUAAACAACGUUGAAGAAACGUCUCCACAGAAAGGGAGAAAAAAAGCGCAACCGGCUGAUGUAGAAGAGUCAACGCUUUCUGACCAAUUAGAAUCCAGAAUCCGAUGCUUGUGUGUGUGUGUUUGUGUGUGUGUGUUUGUGUUUGUGUUUGUGUGUGUGUGUGUGUGUGUGUGUGUGUGUGUGUGUGUGUGUGUGUGUGUGUUAUUACAUUUCAAGCAAAAGAGCUGUUUUUCUCAGAAGAGAUUCGAGUGUUGUUUUUGUUAGACGAGGCCGACGGACAUUAACGUCACACUCGGCAUUUUUACACUUUAACGUCGUCUUUCCGAGACCCCGGGUUCAUCACCACACUGAAAUAUUUAAGUCCACGCCGUCGAUCUUCUCAGUGUUCUAAAUGUACUCACGACGUCCUCCUUACUCGUGUUGUGGGAUUUUCUAUAACGACGUCACUGCAUAAAUAUAUCGCCCAACCUUAUCUGACUGCUUCAUUCGUUUGUAUCCACUUUGUAAAAAAAAAACAAAAAAAAAACCAGACAUUUUGGGAGAAGGAACAGAAGACUGUAUAUGUUUCCCGUCAGUGAUCUGAAGGAAGAGGAGGAAGAGGAGGAGGGAAUUGUGGAUGUUGUGAGAUUCGACAUUACAGUGCUGAGCCUGAUGAGGAAGGACGACUCGUAUUCACACAGCAGCUUCCACUGAAUUACGAAUGUUCUUUUUUUUUCCUGUACUUAUUUAUAUCGUGCCUUUUAACUCUAAACCUUACAGUUUAUCGUCCUUGCUGUGAUACUGCAAAUGUUUGAGUAAAUGAUCUCCCUCUCUCUCUCGCGCGCGCACUCUAUUCAACUAAUAUACAAGUUUUACCGGAUUCUGAAGCUCACUCGUUCUCGCGCCGUUGUCAUUACCCCGUAAUCUCUACAUCUACGCUGUUGCUAGUUCACCUGUAAUUAACAUCGUUAGCAAUGAAUGUUUGGCGCUUUUUUUUUUCGUCACAGUUUUCCUUCGUGUUCUUGAUCACUUUGAGACUUAAACUGCACGGACAAUCAAGGAAACUAAAACAGAUUCACGGUUUAUGAAUCGGAAAAGUGGCUCACGAGCGAACGUUAGGCCUGAAAAUGUUCUUUUUUUUUGUUUGUUUCUAUGUAGCAGCUGUGAUCAUCUCCGAUUCAUUACUCUGUCAUGCUGCUUUUUAUUUGAUCUAUUUUGUCUCCUGUUUUCUUUGUUUUCUUUGUGAGCAGUGUGUAAUGAAAUUUGAGCCAAGGCUUCACCUCUGGUGAUUAAAAAGCAGCUACGACAAAUCAUUUAGCCCAAAAACUCUGUAAUAAUAAUAAUACUAGGUUGUGUGAGUAUGAAUGAUUUUUUUUUUUGGCUAGUAUUCUAAUGCUGAUGAGAACUGAUCAUGUUGCAUAGGAAAUAGUUUACUAACUGUAUUCUGAUGCAAUCUCUCUCAUUUCUCUAUUGUGUUUCGUUUUGUUUUCAUCUUGGUGACCGCAAUACUGUUUUUUUGGCCUGGACAAGUUUUUUCCCCCUGUGUAUUAUAAUACUAUUUGUGGCAGCAUAAAUAUAAUAAAACCUCAAACAUCCCGUGUCGCUCCACCGCAGAGAACGUUUUAAUGCCUCGUCAUGUAACGUUACCAUGGCAACAUGAAUCGAUCGCUGUACACGACCGAUUAAAAAAACAAGGCGGUAUAUGGAAAGAACACGGACCCGUUUAUGAACUGUAAUAAAAUAUAACUUAGUGCUAGAACAUACAGUGUACAUGCAGGAACUUUGGCAUAUCGUCUAUUUACAGGAUAUAUACAUUAUGUAAAUAAAUAAAAAUCCUAAUCUCCAGAUUAGUUGUAGAAAUUCUCA